ACUUAAAUGAACAAGAAAUAAAUGAACAAAGGAUUAUUUGAUGACAUGCUCUAUUUAAUUUAUUAUGAAAGUGAAAGAAGAACUAAAUCUAGUUGCAGUCUGAAAUUAUAAUGUAACGGCACCUGAAGCAUCCAAGGAGAAUGAUGGCUUCGAUCUGCCGACGUUGGAGAUUAUGGAUAUUGCCUGUGCUGACCUGCCUAUAUGCAUUACUCAUUGUUAUACUUGUACCAAUCUUGCUAGUCAACUCUGUUAAGAAUGGCUUUAAGAAGCAGGAUCAGGGUGCGCUGGUGGGUGGCGCCUUUGUUCUACUAGCAUUGCCUAUUGCAUUUUAUGAGAUUGUUCAGCACAUGAUAUACUAUACGCAACCUAGACUACAAAAAUAUAUAAUAAGAAUAUUAUGGAUGGUACCCAUCUACGCAGUAAAUGCUUGGUUAGGUUUGGUAUUUCCUGAAGGAAGUAUAUACGUGGACAGCUUGAGAGAAUGCUACGAAGCUUAUGUAAUAUAUAAUUUCAUGAAGUAUUUACUGGCCUAUCUGAACGCCGACCACCAGUUAGAGCAUAGACUGGAGAUUUCUCCCCAAGUGCAUCAUAUGUUUCCUCUGUGCUGCCUACCCGAUUGGGAGAUGGGCAGAGAAUUUGUACACAUGUGCAAGCAUGGUAUUUUACAAUAUGCAGCUGUUAGGCCUAUAUCAACUUUAAUAUCAUUCAUAUGCGAACUGAAUGGAGUAUAUGGGGAAGGUGAAUUUAAAGGAAAUGUCGCUUUCCCAUAUAUGAUCGCUCUAAACAAUUUGUCACAAUUCGUUGCUAUGUACUGUCUGGUACUCUUUUACCGUGCCAACGUAGAGGCCUUGAAGCCAAUGAAGCCAAUUGGAAAGUUUUUAUGCAUCAAAGCUGUCGUGUUCUUCUCAUUCUUUCAAGGAGUAUUAAUAGCUCUUUUGGUGUAUUUUGACGUCAUAUCGAGUAUUUUUAAUACUGAUAACUCAGAUGAUAUCAGGAAUAUAUCGUCCAAAUUGCAGGAUUUCCUAAUUUGCAUAGAAAUGUUUUUAGCCGCAGUGGCACAUCAUUAUAGCUUCUCCUACAAACCGUUUGUCAAUUUGGCACAGGGUCAAGCGUGGUGGGACGCAUUUAGAGCAAUGUGGGACGUUUCUGACGUGCAUAAUGACAUAAAGGAACAUUUGGGUGUUGUCGGCUCGUCCCUAAGCCGCAGAAUACGAGGACGUGGUGCAUAUCAGCAGACUUGGGGAAGUGCGACUGAACGUACAUCGCUCCUACCCGAGGCCACGGUAAGCCAAGCCAGAAGCGCACCUGCCUGUUCAUUCUCGGGUUACAACACCGAGGCCGGACUGAACAAUAAUCCAUCCGUUGCGGAAUCCGAGGAGGUGACCGUGAAUACAUUGGAUAGCACUAAUGCUAUUAAUACGUAACCGAUACGAUUGAUUUAUUUGCGUGGGAACGGUACUCGAUCAAAUUUGUUGCGGCGUACUAACGGAUAUCUAACAUCGCUCUUUAAUAUUAACUCUAAACGAAGAGGAGGAAAAAAUUAUAUAGUUUUGCAACAGCAUUCUCCAGCAUACAAUUGUAUAAAUCAUCAUGAUCAUUUACUAUAUCAUAUACAUAUUGCGUUGAAAUGUAUACAUGGUGUCCCGGGAUCACGGAAUGUUCCUUGAAUCACGAUCGAUUCGAAGAGGAUUCCAUCAACAAGAAUAUCGGUAUAAUCUUUGAUAAUGUUGAUUGUAAUUCAAGUUUGUGAUGUUCUGAACUCAAAAAAAUCUGUAUUUAAAUUUCGCUCGAAAUUUAAAAAUAAUAUGCGAAAUCUCAUUGUACAUUCUUUCUACUGAAACAUCGACUUCAAAUCGAUUAAAGGAAAAAGAUCCAGUAGUCUCAGGAUAUCCUUAUGACGCGAUUUACUACUUAAGAAAUUUGAUAUGACUAACGGUGAAUUUUGUGAGGAACGUGAACUCGCUUUUUACGUUCUUACUUUGCGAAAGACAUUCGUGCUUUAUGUUACCAAAUAAUAUAAUACCAAAUAUGAUGUACAUACAUUUAUAUAUACGUAUACGUAGAAAGAAAUGUAAUCCCGUAAUAUUUGUACAUACGUCCAACGCGUCACAUACAUACACACAUCUAUUACAUUUUAGGUGCGAUCCAUUUCACGUUGCAAAUACUUUGAAGCAUUCUUUGAUCAAUUCGUAAAAUUCUUUUUUUCUGAUUAACAAAGCAUUUACAUUAUGUUAAGUGGAUCGCAUUCUUUAUAUCACGUACGGAUAAUACUUAAUCUUAUUCUUUUUCUUUCGAUAUAUCAAAAG